GAGUCUGAAGUCAAGGAGAAACAUGGGGUCCAGGGCUGAGCUGUGCACUGUCUUAGGCGGACUCUCAUUCCUCCUGCUACUGAUGACGGGCGAGGGGGCCAAGGGUGGAUCCCUCAAAGAGAGUCAGGGGGUCUGCUCCAAGCAGACGCUGGUGGUCCCACUCCGUUACAACGAGUCCUACAGCCAACCCGUAUAUAAGCCCUACUUGACUCUGUGCUCUGGAAGGCGUGUCUGCAGCACCUACAGGACCACGUACCAUGUGGCCUGGCGGGAGGUGAGGAGGGAGGUACAGCAGACCCACGCCGUGUGCUGCCAGGGCUGGAAAAAGCGGCAUCCCGGGGCGCUCACCUGUGAUGAAGCCAUCUGCGCCAAGCCCUGCCAGAACGGAGGCGUCUGCGUUCGGCCAGACCGGUGCGAGUGCGCCCCGGGCUGGGGUGGGAAGCACUGUCACGUGGACGUGGAUGAAUGCAGGACUGGCGUCACUCUCUGCUCGCACGGAUGCUUCAAUACAGCAGGCAGCUUCACCUGCGGCUGCCCCCGGGGCCUGGUGCUGGGCCCGGACGGGCGCACUUGCGCAGAAGGGGGCCCAGAGCCCCCAGAGCCCCCAACCAGUGCCAGCAUCCUCAGCGUGGCCGUUCGGGAGGCUGGACACGAUGAGCGUGCCCUGAGGCGGGAGAUUCGCGAGCUGCGAGGGCGCCUGGAGCGGCUGGAGCAGUGGGCCAGUCAGGCUGGGGCCUGGGUCCGAGCAGUGCUGCCCAUGCCCCCAGAAGAGCUGCAGCCCGAACAGGUGGCAGAGCUGUGGGGCCGAGGCGACAGGAUUGAGUCUCUCAGUGACCAGGUUCUGCUGCUGGAGGAGAGGCUAGGUGCCUGUGAGUCCCCAUGCCCCUCGCUGUGGGGACCCCCAUCUCCCAACAGCUGCCCCCAGCUCUUCCAGACACCUUUUCCCAACUCAGUUUUCUCUUGUCCAAAAUCUCUGCUCCUCCACUCACUCACCCCAUACCUUCCCCAGAUUUCCGCACUUUACCACCCCUUCUCCUGGUCUGUCUCCAACUUGGUGGUUCCACUUAUUGGCUCCUGUGAGGACAACAGCCUGGGCCCAGGCCUCAAUCGGCGGAGCUAAGGAGCCUAUGCAGAGCCCCUGCCCCACUAAUUUAUACAGAAACUGGACCCACUAAUCCUCUGGGAUUGGCCUGCUGGGGAGCUGCAGAUAAGGUAAUCUGCCACUAAAGAGCAAUGAACAAUGGAAACUUUGGAAAGCUGAAGAAAGGAGGAAGGCGGGUUG